UAGAGACCUACAUUGUUCGGGGGUAUAGUUUUCAUUUAACUGACAGGAUGGCAGAGACUUCUCCGUUGUAUUGGACCAGAUUAAUAAUGCGUCACACACUGACUCUGCUCAAUGAAAGGAACUAGCAGACGCAACCUCCCUUUCUGCUCAGUAUAUUGUGAGUCAGUCUCUAUGCUCGGCUGACUGCACCCAGAUCACAUCAAGCAUGUGCUGGGCAGGGUUGGAACUAAAAUUGGUUUCGGUUUUGGAGUGUGGCUCCUCCCUCUGACUCUGGGUUGUUACAGUAAGCUGAUUCAUAAGGGUCAGCGUUUCAGCUUGAUCAGGUUGGUCAUGGUAUUGUCUAUCAGUGAUGGAGGACAAAGAUCACAUACAAACCAUGGGAAACAGGCAGCCAUAUUUUACAUUUGGUGUUAUAGCAGACAUUCAAUAUGCUGACCGUCCGACUGGGCCCAAUUGCUGGGGGACGCUGCGAUAUUACAGAGACAGCCUCGUCCACCUUAGUCAUGCAGUUGCAGAGUGGAACUCUCAGGAUUCUGGGCCGACAUUUGUGUUACAACUGGGGGAUAUCAUCGACAGCUCCAACAAAAAACUGCAGGCAUCAGAAAAAGCUUUACAGGAAGUUCUAAAGGUGGCGGACGAUAUGAAGGGCCACUGGCACCAUGUUUGGGGGAAUCACGAGCUGUACAACUUUAACCGAAGCUAUUUAAUACAAUCUAAACUGAAUACCCAGUGGCUGGAAGAUCCCAAACCUGUUAUAAAACGAGGGGAGAAUGCAGAUUACUAUGCCUAUCACUUCAGUCCAUUCCCCAAAUUUCGCUUUGUUGUUAUAGACACAUAUGAUCAUAGUUCUUUUGGCAGGGACAUGAACCAUCCCAAAUACAAGGAGUCCGUUGCCUCUAUGUCUGAAUGGCAUUUUCCUAAGGAACCUGGGGAAAGCCAAGUUUGCAAGCCUGAACGGCAUGUAGUGAAUUUUAAUGGAGGAGUAGGUAGAGACCAGUUGUCCUGGUUACACAACAUCCUUACGUAUUCAGAUGAGCAGGAGGAAAAAGUCGUAGUUGCUAGUCACGUGCCAAUUCAUCCUGAAGCCCAAGUUACCAACUGCCUGGCAUGGAAUUACAGAGAGAUCCUUGAAGUCCUUCAUUGCCAUUCCUGCGUUGUGUCCUAUAUAGCAGGCCAUGAACACCAUGGGGGCUACUGUCAAGACUCUCAUGGGAUACACCACAUAACAAUGGAGGGUGUUGUUGAAUCACCCCCAAACACUAAUGCCUUUGCCACAGUUCAUAUGUACAAGGACAAGAUGGUGUUACAUGGGAGAGGCCGAGUCAAGAGUAGGGAACUAAAGUUUGUCUGAAACAAAUGAAUGGACAAUCGCCGAGGGCUGGUCUUAAACCAAACAACACUCCAGACCAGAUCUCCUAGUGGUCUUUGGGGUUUAGUGCCCAAUGUAAUUUACCCAAGCAAAUGGAAUAAAGUCCCUGCUGGUACUUUGGCUUUCACACCACUGUAUGAACUUUACAACUAGAUCCUCGAUAUGUGUCCCUUGAGGCAAGCUCUCCAUUAGAAACCUGUAGGGCACUCAGUAUACACAUGGAUGUUAUUAAUAACAUAUUUAUAUGCAUAUUAUAUUGAUAAAAUAAUAUAUUAAAAUAAAUAUAUUCAUAGAAAUUCAAGUCGGGGCUGAACCUGCAAUGGUUUAAAGAGAUGGUUUCACUGUAGACUAUAUGGUAUGAUGAAUUAAUAAACAUUAUGUUAUAUUA